AUGACUACAGAUUUUGACGUUUCUAACACGGAUAAUCAAGCACGGGAUUCAUUUGGUGACAUGAGUGAUACGGGUUCUUACGUCCCAACUACAUCAACUACACAACCAACAACCGAUAAAGACCAAACUACAGCACAAACAACAAUUACAGACCUUACUACAGCACAAACAACAAUUACAGACCUAAUUACAGCACUAACAACAAUUACAGACCUAACUACAGCACAAACAACAAUUACAGGAGGUCGAUGUCAAUCCACAUACUUUCAGUGUAGAAAUGGACGCUGUAUCCACAAAAACUGGCAGUGUGAUGGUGAUAACGAUUGUACAGAUAAUAGUGAUGAAAUUAUGUGUGGCAGAACAGCAACAGAAAAUACAUUAGCCGGCACCUCAGGUCGCUGGUGGACAAAUGCUAGAAUAACAGAUACAACAAUAUAUACUUCUUAUGAAAAUUAUGUUGAUGUUAACUGUCAAGAAAGCAAUUGGUACAUACGACUUCAUACACGACCUUUGAAGCAGCAAUUCAGAGAUUUUAAUGCAAGAGAUGUUUAUCUAGGACGUGAUACGUGUACCGGGUAUGAAUCUGGUGAUUAUAUUAUUUUCAGCGAGGAAUACAAUUCAUGCUUAACUGAUAAGGCGGCAUCCAGCGACGCAGUUAUUUACACAAACACACUUGUGUAUGCACUUCAUGAUCCUGACCAUCGAUUUUUAAUCCGAGACUACAGGUUUAAAGUUAAGGUAGAAUGCGAUAUGUCAAAACGAGAGCAUGGCGUAGACACCAUUAAACAUAAUCAUGGACAAGAAGACCACACUGCCGCCGGCACUGGGCAUUUUUCGAUCCAUCUGAACUUUUACAGUGAUUCAAAUUAUCAAAAUCGGUUUAAUGGUUUUCCGCCAUCAUAUGAAGUUGGCAAUGUUGUCUAUGUUAAAGUUCAAACAAGCAUGCAUGAUUACGACAUUAAGAUGCGAUUGUCAGAUUGCUAUACAAAGCCCUCUGAGCACGCCAGUACAGUCUACACAUACUACUUAAUACAAAAUGGAUGUCCUGUGGAUCGGAAUACGUAUAUUACAUCUCAGUCAACCCACGAAACCCGAUUCCAUUUCCAGGAUUUUGAGUAUGCUGGACAUCCUGAUUCAAUGUUUGUUCAUUGUAACGCUACAUUCUGUAAAUCUAAUGACUAUUCGUCUGAAUGUGAACCACAGUGCAAACAUAGUAAACGGAUAGGGCAUCAUAGAAGUGCAGUCCCGAACUUGAAUGGGCCUAUUGAGAUCUCUGACGUCGAAACAAAAAUACUAUUUACUGAGAAAAGAAAUUCUACUGCAAAGGAAUAUCGCCUAAACAAUGAUUCAUUAAAUGAAUCUUCGUCGACAUUUAGGCCCCUGUAUGUAGCUGGAGUAAUUAUUAUUGCUUUAUCAAUGAUAUGUGUCCUGGUUGCUUUAUCGAUUUAUUUCAGAAGAAAGAAGAUUCGACAUACAUCCAGAAUUGUUUGA